GGCAGAGAAGCAUUGACGAAGAACAUCUUAACCCGAAAACGGAACAAAUCGUGUCUCCAGUGUGUUGUUUUUCAGCACGAUAGGGUUGCAGAUAUACAGUUUCGAAUAAUUCUUUCUGUUGGUCGACCGGAGAGCAGGCCACUCGGAGCACAACAUGAGUCAGUGGCUUGAACUGCAGCAACUGGACGCCACGUUCCUCGAACAGGUGGACCAGCUGUACGAUGACACUUUUCCCAUGGCCAUCCGACAGUACCUGAGCAACUGGAUAGAAAGCACGGACUGGGACCAUGUUGCUCAGGUGGAGAAUGAGUCACUGGCCACUGUCAGGUUUCAUGACCUGCUCACACAGCUGGAUCACCAGCACAGUCGUUUUGCCAUGGAGAAAGAUUUCCUCAAUCAACACAACAUUCGCAAAAUCAAAAGAAACCUUCAGAACCUCUUUCAAGACAACCCAGUUUCUAUGGCGAUGAUUAUAAGCAGAAAUCUGAGUGAGGAGAGGAAGAUUCUUGCUGCAGCACAAAAUGUAACGGGCUCCGUGGAAAACACGCAGAAUGACAUAAUGGUUGAGAAACAGAGAGAGAUGGACCAUAAAGUUAAGGACAUGAGGAGCAGAGUGCAGGAGGCAGAACAGAAUAUUAAAAACCUAGAAGACAUGCAAGAUGAACAUGAUUUCAAGAACAAGACUCUACAGAGCAGAGAGGAGAUGAAUGGGACCAUAUCCAAAGAUGACCUGAAUCGUGAGAGACUGUAUAUAAAAGCCAUGUUUAUGAAGCUCCAUGAAAUGAGGAAGGCAGUGGUAGGGCAGAUGGGAGAGGUGUUAAAACUGGUGGAGCAGCUGAUGUAUGAGCUCAUCUCUGUGGAGCUGCCAGAGUGGAAGCGACGCCAGCAAAUGGCCUGUAUUGGUGGCCAGAUACCAAUUUGUCUGGAUCAGCUACAGAACUGGUUCACAGCAGUGGGAGAGUGCCUGCUGCAGGUCCGACAACAGCUAAAGAAACUUCUGGAAUUAGAGCAGAAGUACACAUAUCAGCAAGACCCCAUCACAGAAAGCAAGAUGUCGUUAGAAGAGCGAGUCCUGGGGCUUCUAAAGAGACUUAUUGCCAGUGCCAUGGUAGUGGAGAGGCAGCCCUGCAUGCCUACUCAGCUGCAGAGACCACUGGUACUGAAGACGGGUGUGCAGUUCACUGUGAAAGUCAGGUUACUGGUAAAGCUUCAGGAAUUCAACCACACGGUCAAAGUGAAGGUCCACUUUGAUAAGGGUGUCACAGAGCAGAGGAAAGGUUUUCGGAAGUUCAACAUUCUGGGCACCAACAUGAAGGUCAUGAACAUGGAGGAAUCAAGUGGGAUGGCUGCAGAGUUUCGCCAUUUGCAACUGAAAGAGCAGAAGGUUCAGGGAAACAGAACAAAUGAGGCACCGCUUAUUGUGACAGAGGAACUGCACUCUUUCAGUUUUGAGGCAGAACUCUGCUGGUCUGGACUGGUCAUCAACCUUGAGACCACCUCCCUCCCUGUUGUGGUUAUCUCUAAUGUCAGUCAGCUUCCCAGUGGUUGGGCAUCCAUUUUGUGGUAUAACAUGUUGACGUCUGAGCCGAAGAAUUUGUCAUUCUUCCUGAAUCCUCCACAAGCAACCUGGGGUCAGCUAUCUGAGGUUCUGAGCUGGCAGUUUUCCUCAACCACCAAACGAGGACUCAAUGCAGAGCAGCUGAACAUGCUGGGAGACAAGCUCCUGGGAAUUAAGGCGUCAAGGGACCCUGAGGCUCUGAUCCCAUGGAGCAAGUUCUGUAAGAGCGCCAGUGAGAAGAACUUCACUUUCUGGCUGUGGAUCGAAGGGAUCCUGGACCUCAUCAAGAGACACCUCCUUAGUAUGUGGGAUGACGGCUGUAUCAUGGGAUUUGUGACUAAGGACCGCACAAAGGCCCUGCUGCAUGACAAAGCUCCCGGGACGUUCUUGCUACGCUUCAGUGAGAGCAACCGUGAUGGAGCCAUCACUUUCAGCUGGGUGGAGCACACGGCCAAUGAUGAACCCCAGAUCCGAUCAGUGGAGCCGUACACAAAGAAAGAGUUGUCAGCCGUGUCUUUACCAGACAUCAUCCGGAACUACAAGGUGAUGGCAGCGGAGAAUGUGCCCGAGAACCCCCUGCGAUUCCUGUUUCCGGACAUUCCCAAAGACGAAGCCUUUAAGAAGUACUACUCGAAACCCGCCGACAAGCAAGAGCCCAUGGAUUUGCAGAAUAACGGCAGCGAGGGAUACAUAAGCACUGUGCUCAUUUCUGUAUCAGAAGUCGAGCCAUCUGAGCUUCAUGAAAACAUGAUGCCAAUGUCACCAGAGGUAUACAGAGAGCUGGAACACAUGAAUCGUGACAUGUCAGGAAUAACAGAUCUGGAGAUGACCGAAAUGGAUUCGUGAAACGUGCUGGUUUUGAAAAGCCAUGUAGCAAUGUCCUUUGAGACGAUUGGUUUGGCAACACUGGAGGUCGAGGAAGCAGUGAAAUUGAGACAGCCUUGUUUUUUUGUUUUUUGUUUUUUGCUUUCUCUUAACUCUUGACUUUCCGUUGGCCACUUUAUGCUCUAUAUAUAGAUCAAUGAGUCACAAUCUCUCCAAAAAAUGCAAUGAAAAAGUGAAAGUGUCAUGUGAUUAGAGCUCUUUGCCUCGGCACAAAUUUGAUUUUGCAGGUCACUCAGUGUUUUAUACUUUCUUGGAAAUGACUCUAUCAGCCAUGACAUGAGUUUUGAGCUAAGAAUACAUUGACAAACUCUUUCUUUAGCGCGGUUAAAAUAUUCCAAGAUUGUUAUAGAAAAAGUUAAAGAAGUGUAUCUUCACCUGCAAAAACUUCAGUGCUAAAUUCUGUCUAACUUUAAAUGCUGCCAUCUGUGUAAGGUGUCUUCAUGGGCACUAUGAAAUAAUGAAAGAAGUCUAAUUUAUUCCUCCAGAGAUGAAAGUAAACUGUUACUUUGGUAAUGUGCUGAUAAAUAUAUCAGCAUCUAGACAAGUGAAAAAAAAAAAAAGACUCAACACAGAUGUGCUCAGAAGACUUCAUUCAAAUUAGUUAAUAGAAAUAUACAGUAUGUUCCAAAGUGAUCAAAUUGGUGUGCAUAAUCAUUUCUGCUUUAUUUAGUAUCUCUGGAGUGAAAUAAAUAUUUUGACAACCAGUAACACACAGUUUUACAGUUCAGUGGUCACAAAACACAAAUACUUGGAAUAACAAGUGACAUACUUGGUGAGGAACUGUAGCAUUGAUAUCUAUACAUUCAAAACUUUUUUUUUUCCCCCCCAAACCUAUUUGUAUUUUCAUAAAAUACUACCAUGACUUCUACAGCAAUACAUACUUUAAAAGCAGAAAAGUAUAAUGUAAUAAAGGCAUCACCAUAGAGCUAAGCUGCAAAUUCAAAUGGCUAACAGAGCAAGUAUCUGACCAAUGUAGAGCAUAACUGUGUAAUUGUACUCUAUGUAUUGUAGUUCCGUUACUAAACCAACGUACACUCUCAUUGCACCCAAUAUGUGCUGGUUUCAAACAAACACACUUGCGCACAUAUACAUACACACACAGUACAUACAUGGCAAUGCAGUGUCCUACAAAUAAUCUUGUCUUUUCACUAACUUUUCAAGUAUGUUUCCAUGUGCAGUAUGCCUCAGUUUCUGUACAGUAACAAUCGUUGUGCCUCUCUCCGCUGCCGAAAGGCUUCUGUAGACAUAGAUCAACUCUUGCACCCUUUUAGAAAAAAAAAAGAAAAAAAAAAAAACAUUUUCUUGCUUUACCCUUGAAAAGUUUCGGUAGAACAAAAAAAAACUGGUUUUCUGUUGUAGGAUCUGAAAGUCCUCUGUGUUUCUAGCUGAACAGUUUUUUUCUGAAUUGCUUUAUUUAUUCAUGAAAUGAAUGAAU